CGGGACAGCUCCCUCCUGCGCGAUCUCCGGCAGCGAGCCGGUAACGAGCUGUGCGCGGACUGCGGCGCUGCAGAGCCGGAUUGGGUGUCCGUGACGCUGGGUGUGUUCGUGUGUCAGGGAUGCUCGCUCAUCCACAGAAGCAUUGAAAGCCUCAGCCAGGUGAAGUCAGUGCUGCAGGACACAUUUGAAGAUAAAGAAAUCGAGUUUAUCACAUCUAUGGGGAAUGAAGCAGCAAAGGCCAAGUACGAACAGCAAGCUCCUCCGUUUUAUCACCGGCCCUCCCACACAGACUGCAGGAUUUUGAGGGAGCAGUGGAUCAGAGCCAAGUAUGAGAGACAGGAGUUUAUACACAUCGAGAAACAAGAGCCUUAUUCAGCAGAUAUUUCUUUAAUCUUCCAGGCGAGAGAACCAAAGGCCAUAAUGAGGAUUGAAACCCUAAAUGCUACUUUCCAGCCGGCUAAAAUAGGAAACCCCUACGGCCUGCAGAUCACCUAUCUGAGAGACAACAGCACCAGGAAUAUCUUUGUGUACCAUGAGGACAGUAAGGAAAUGGUGGACUGGUUCACUGCGAUCCGGGCAGCCCGGUUUCAUUACCAGAAGGUGGCAUUUCCUGGAGCUAAUGAUGAGGACCUGGUACCCAGACUGACAAGAAACUUCAUGAAGGAGGGUUUCAUGGAGAAAACAGGCCCAAGGCACACAGAGGGCUUUAAGAAAAGAUGGUUUACGAUGGAUGAUAGGAGACUAAUGUACUUUAAAGAUCCCUUGGAUGCAUAUGCACGUGGCGAGGUGUUCAUCGGCAGUAAGGAGAACAGGUAUACUGUGGUAUCCGGGCUGCCGCCCUCGAUCCAGGGAUACCACUGGAAGUACGGGAUCACCAUUGAAACCCCAGACAGGAAGUUCCUGUUUGCUUGUGAAACCGAGGCAGAGCAGAAGGACUGGAUCGCAGCCUUUCAGAGAGUCGUCAACCGUCCCAUGAUGCCGCAGGAGUACGCAGUUGAGGCUCAUUUCAAGCACAAGCCUUGAUGCUGGCUGUAAACCUGCCUGUAAGUGCUGUAUGCUGCAGGCGGCACUGACUGGACAAUGAACAGCUGUUCUGUCUCAUGAAGCGCUCCGGACAGAGCGAGUACCUUCCUAUCUUGAUUUAGUACUGACUGGACUGUGCUGAAGACGUCUUCAUCGUGAGGCUUGCUUAUAACCAAAGCAGACGUCCCGGGUUCAGCCGUCAGCCGAGCUACUGUACAAAUAUGGCAUGUGAAUGUUGUCCAUCGCUCUUAAACAUAACAUUUAAUCUGUAAAUCACAAGUACUAAACACCACGGUGCGUUCUGACUGAUGUUAUUUAUUGGAUUUUACAUGCAAAUGCUGCUGUGAAGCUUAGAUGAUCCCCAGACACUACACAACACCACACCACUCCGAGUGUCUUUUCUGAUCAUCUAGGGCUUUCGUUUGCCGUUAUUGAUCAUUUAAAUGUGUGAAAACCAUGUUAGGACACCUAUGUAUGCGUACUGUAUGUGAGCCUGGAGCACAAAAGCAGUCUUAAGUCGCUGGGGUAUAUUUGUAGC